AUGGAAGCCAGACAGGCCCAGAUAUUCAUGGAUGCUCAUGAGCUCAAUCUCACCUUUCAGAGUAACAAACCGGAUUCAGAAGGGAGCUGGAGGGUUGAUCCCGAGCUGUAUAGGAAGGAUGAUGGGCUUGUCAUCACUCCGGGAUUAGCCACAUUAGGUUUCUUACAUUGUCAAGGUCAAGAGCAACCUGGCAAGAAAGUUAGGAUUGCCUCUGAUAUCGGCAGUUCUGAUCACCCAAGCCUUGCGCAGGCCGGUGCCCGCAGGUGGCUACAGGACAACGUGAAACUGGCGGCCUUGAUGUCUGUAUCUGUCGCCAUCGUCAACCCGGAGCAGUAUGCACUGUCCCGUGAAACCUUGGUUCGUCUAGCACGGAAAGAAGUCGCCUUACGACCAGCUUGUCGCACCUGGCCCUUUGCCUUCACUUCCUUGGCUGCUGUUGGCAACCGCACUACCAUCAUUCAUCGGGACCGCAAGAGUGGCAAGAACAAUCUGUAUGAUGUUAUGACCACUAUCGGAGGGGACCCGAAUGUGAAGAUCCGACUGAAGGGCCUAGGAUUCACGGGCGACUAUAAGUCGGGGUCGAUUGCAGUGCUAAGCUGCCACACCCACCUUCAUUCGGUCUCGAAGUCACCCUCGGCUGAGAGACUGGCAUUUGCAGCAUAUAUGAAGCCUUCUGUGCUUUUGGAGAUGGGUUUGGAUCUUCCAAGGCUCCCCACUUAUGAUUCGAUCCGGAGACUUCAUGUACAGCAGAUCGCAACUCGCCAUACCACCUAG